AUGGAGAGCAAACAGCUGUCCAGGGCGGAGGCGCUGGGCUUCUCGGGGUGCAGGCACGCGUGUCACGUGAUGCUCUACUCCGACACAAAAUCCCGACUGUUUGGGAGAACUCCCAUGGAGCACAUCGUACUGAUGCAGAUGCGCUUCGAUGGUCUGCUGGGUUUCCCUGGAGGGCUCGUGAACCCAUCGAAGGAGACCCUGGAGGCGGGGCUUAUCCGGGAGCUGCUGGAGGAGAUUGGCACGGAGAUACCGGUCACCGCGGAAGACCACGUGGAGUCUUGCUUCGCCCCGGGGUCCUCCCCCUCCUCCCCCUCCUCCUCUAGUCUUAUCAUCCACUUCUAUGUGAAGAAGAUUGAGGAGGAGCAGAUCAGGGAGGUGGAGAAAGCGGCUGCGUCCACCGCGGCGGACCACGGUUUGGAGGUCAUGGGAAUGGUCAGAGUCCCGCUCUACACCCUGCUGAGAGGCUCGGGCCUGCCCUUCUUCCUGUCGCACUCCUUCAUCGGCAACGCCCGCUCCCAGCUAAUCCGAUCUUUGCUGCGCCUGGGCCUGGUGGCCCCCGACCGGCUGCACCAGGCCCUCGCCCACGCCCUGGAAAUGCACGCCCGCUCCGCCGAGGACCUGCAGGCCGCCCUGGCCUUCACAGAGGUGCAGAAGAGACUCUGA